AUGAAACAAAUACUUUUAGUAACAGCUCUCUUUGGCUUCGCGGCCUGUGGUCGUCUCGACAGUCAGUACCUUCCGCCAAACCAAAGAGGAUCCUCCGGACAAUACUCCGAGGCAGGUCGGUACCAAGGUCCUUCAGGAGCUGAUCAGUACUCUGCCUCUGGUGCUGUUGGUCACUAUUCCGCACCAGCUGCCAACCAAGUCCCCAUCCUCCGUUUGGACAACAACCCAAACGCUGGAGAUGGUUCCUACAGCUACGCCUACGAAACUGCUGACGGUAUAGCCGCCCAGGAAGAAGGCGCCUUGAGGGGAGACGCUCAACUUGCCCAGGGAAGCUACUCUUACACUUCCCCGGAAGGAGAACAAAUCUCCGUCCAGUAUACAGCAGACGAAAACGGUUUCCAACCACAAGGCUCUCAUAUCCCAGUCCCAUCAGAAGCCAUCCUCAAGUCUAUUGAAUUGAACAAAGCCGCUGAAGCACGCGGAGGAUACCAGGAAGGCCAGUACAAUCAACCUCAGCAGCAAUAUGGUGCCCCAUCCGCUCCCCAACAGCAAUAUGGUGCCCCAUCUAAUCUCCAACAGCAAUAUGGCGCUCCAGCAGCUGCUCAGCAACAGUAUGGCGCUCCAUCCGCUCCUCAACAACAGUAUGGCGCUCCUCAAUUUAGAGCAUCUCCAACUGCCCAAUUCAGAUCAGUUGGAAGUUCCCAAUAUAGAGCACCUGCAGCUUCUCAGUAUAGAGCACCUGGAGCUCCUCAAUUUAGAGCACCUGCCCAAUCCCAGCAGCAAUAUAGAGCUCCAAUUUCCUCCCAAGGAAGUCAAGGAGGUUACAGAUAUUAG